AUGGCGCCUUCCGGGGUCAUUUGGCCUCCACCGAACGGCAACGCGUACAAGAACCACUCCAACGGCAACCGCUCCCGCACCGCGUUUGCAAUUCCUCCACUUACCAGUCGGCCACCGCUAUUCUGCUGUCCGGUCGCAGAGAGUAAUCCGGCUCACUUGCCUCGAAGCUUCGUCAACCCCGGCCGCCACUUGAUGAAUCUUCAGCUGCGAUCAUUCCUCGAGUGCGCCGACGAUGCAGAAUACAGCUUUCCGAAAUGCGAGGUAUCCCACAUUGUUGAGGUGACAACGAGGGCUCUACACAAUGAUACUUUGCCAUCUCAUGGUCGGCUAGCAGAGCAGCAAUGGAACAUCCCGGGCGAACUCAACAAUACCUCUCGGACAUCCUGCACUCCCCCACUUGAAGAGAGCGAGGAAAGCAAAAUGGCGCUCGAUGAGGAAGAGUUGGGCAGUGCAGAGAUUCCAUACAGUACAUAUGCGAGCAUGUCGACCAGAUACUUUAUCACCCAGAACAGCAGCAAGGCGUGGCAAAUCCCGCCCCAUUCUCGAUCUUAUCGAGAGACCCACCCCGAGCCGAACCCAAGCAGGGCGAGCAUCGAGAGAUAUAUGGAGAUACCACCUUUCAAGACAAUGCCAUACACUUCAGAGGGUAUUUCGGGAGGAGCAGGCGCUCGACCAUGGAUGCCGUCGUGCUCCAUCUUGAUGUGGUGUAGCAAGCACAACAAAUUCUACGAAGUGCACGUGUUGUCUUGA